AUGGCAUCUUUCGGCAUAGAGAUGGAGCUAUUGAUAAAGCCACUGGCUGAAACGUUGCCUUUGGUCACCAAACAUGGCUAUAGGCCAGAAAAUAUUCCAAGGCUGAAUAUGAUUGCGGUGCACAAGGCGCUAGUGGAAGUUCUUUUGGAACGGAACUUCCCGGCUGAGCUAUACGACGAAGACAGCGGCUAUCAAAGUAAAUGGCAAGUGGCCGCGGACGCUUCAAUUCGGAGCAAUGGUGAUUUCGUUGGCGUGGAGAUAAUUAGCAAAAUUUUGUACAUCAAUUCUGAAUGGACCACCGAAGUGGACAGAUUUUGGGGUAUACUCAUAGACAACUUCGAAGUCCGGGGUGACUCUUCCUGUGGAACUCAUAUACAUUUUUCACCUAACGGUGGUUUCACACUUCUCCAAUUAAAGGCCUUGGCCAAGUUCACGACUAUAUUCCAACCAGCUGUGACGGCUUUAAUCCCUGCCGCUCGACGGGACACAGAUUGGUGCCAUCCAAAUGCUGAAGUCGUGGAGGGGCUUAAGGCCAGAUACGCCGCGGGGCGACCUGUACUAUUUCCAUGGAUUGAAAAUUUUCCGAGCAAGGAAGUGUGCUCUGGGGUGAAAUAUCCCCGAGUAAAAUAG